GCUGCGUCUUCUUCUAUCCUGGCAACGUUCGGCCAGUCUGGGUACAGCUUGCGGUCUUCCUGGCCGCAGAGCAUGUGGUGCUGCUGCUACAGGCCACGGUGCAAGCAGUGAUCCCAGAGGAGCCGAAAGACGUGAAGGACAUCAGGUUCUACAAUGACCACGUCAAAACCUUCUUGCAACACAAGAGCAGGGAGAAGCAUGCGCCGCCUGCCGUCACCGAUCUACGUCACGUCAAUCUCUCGUUGAACCCCGACGGCGUGGAGAGCGAAUGCGAGUCCAGUUCGUCGUGA